CACCCACCGUCCUUUGCGGCACACACAACAAGAUGGCAGCUUUGUGCAAGGUCGUGGCAGGUCUGAGGACUGGGACAUGUGUAUUUCCAAAACAAGCAAUUGUUAUUUGCAAGUCCUUAUUCAGCACAGAUAGCGGGGAGACAUCGGAAGGAAAAGCGGUGGAAGAAACGCAAAAACCAGCAGCCGACAAGGUGAAAAGUGGCUUCGCUGCAGCAUAUGAACAACACACAGACCUUCAGCAGAGGCAAAAUCAGACGGGAACUACUGUCAGACUUGGGUCGACAAGAAAUGAAAAAUCAUUUGCGUCAUUGCUACGAAAUUCUCCUCUCAUGCAGAUGGGACCAGCAAAUGACAGAAUGGUAAUCGGGAAGAUCUUUCACAUAAUCAAAGACGAUUUAUACAUUGACUUUGGUGCCAAGUUCCAUUGUGUAUGUAAACGACCGACAGUGGAUGGAGAGAAGUACCAGAGGGGGAGCAGGGUACGUCUGCGUCUUGAGGACCUCGAGCUCACAUCUCGCUUCCUGGGUGCGAACACCGACACAACACUACUAGAAGCAGAUGCCUUUCUUCUUGGACUGAUCGAGAGCAAGGACGGAAAGACCAAAGAGUAGAACAGCAUUGAUUCCUCCGACCAAUAGACCUGCCCCAGCAGAGGACAGUUUUUCUUGUUGAUGUCACUAUUCCCACAUUAUUGGCAUUUGUCACUGAGAGCUUGAACAAUAAAUGUAUCCAAAUGUAA